AUGGACCUCCACCGCCCCUUCAAGAUGGACAGCCCCUCCUACCUGCCGGCCCCCCUGGCCUCCCCCGCCCUGAUGGUCCUCGCCUCCACCGCCGAGGCCGGUCGAGACGCCUCCGUCCCGUGCCAGGCGCCCAGGCCCUUCGGCGUCCCCGCUUCCGUGGAGAAGGACCUCCACCUCCCCUUCCCCUCGGCCUCCUACACCUUCACCUCCAUGUAUCACCGCCAGGGCCCCGUGUCGGGCGCCUUCCCCUCCCGAGACUUCCCCACCUCCCUGCUCCACCUGCACCCCCAGUUCACCCCCCCCAACCUGGACUGCUCCACCCUGGGCAUGCUCAACCACAGCGGGGUGGGGGCCUUCCGACCCUUCUCCUCCCCACACGAGGAGAGGGAGGCAGGGGGGUACCAGUCAGCUUUCACCCCCGCCAAGAGGCUGAAGGGUUGCUUCCCCGAGGCGGAGGGGAAAGAGUUUGACUUUGGCUCUCCGGGGGGCUCCCUCAAGGCGGGGGAAGACUCAGGGAGGAAGCUGUUUUCCAUGUCUGGACUGCUGUCGGAUGGAGAGGCCUCGUCCAGCCCCGAGGAACGCAAGGAGCGCAGCAAGGUGAAGGGUCUCUACGACUCCCAGGCCCCGGUGUGUCCCGUCUGCCAGGCCGUGCUGCGACCCGGGGAGCUCCAGGAGCACAUGGAGCAGGAGUUAGCCAAGCUCUCCCAGCUCCAGAUCAGUGCCACUCCAGUGCAGCGUGACCAUCUCAUUGGGACGCCCAAGUCCCUUUCUCUCUCUCUGCACAUAAAACGUGAAGGGUGCUCGCCCACCUCGCCCCCUCGGCCGGCUGAGGACGCCCACUCCGACCGAUACCAGACAUUUCUCCGUGUGAGGGCCAACAGACACACAAGACUAAAUGUCGAUGACCUCUGCUGGUGCAGGUGCUACGUCAAAUCCGCCCCAUUACGCCCCCACAGCGCAGGAGCCCACCUAGACUGCACACAAGCUGUCAGGAUUGGCAAGCUGAAGAGGAGGAAACCAGACGAGGGACAGGAGAGUUCUGCAGACCUGGUGCCAUUGGAGGACGAGUGGAAUGAGAAGAGAAGGAUACAGAUGACGUCUAUCCUAGGGGGGUUCAAAGGCGCGGUGUUGGUGAGCACGACAUCUAAGGAGUGUCGGGACAGCGAUGCAGACCUGGACGUGGAUGGAGAUGACACUCUGGAGUACGGGAGAGCACAAUACACGGAGACAGAUGUAAUCCCUUGCUCAGGAGAAAGCUCCAAGGAGACAACACUGAAUAGCAGUAUGCUGCCUGACUCCAGAGUAAACCUUGAAUUUCCCAAAUGGCCAAAUGAGGGGAGUCCAUCCACCAGCAGUGCAGAGAGCGGCAAAGCAGAUGGCAGCGGAGCCGGUCUACCCAAAACCUGUAAAAACACUGAGAUAGAGACACUCUCAGAGGAUUCCACGCUGACAACUCUGGAUGCACUUAAAGCACGGAUACGGGAUUUGGAGAAACAGCUGUCUAAAGGGGACAGAUUUAAAUGCCUCAUCUGCAUGGACACAUAUACAACCCCCCUCACGUCCAUCCAGUGCUGGCAUGUCCACUGUGAGGAGUGUUGGCUUCGGACGCUGGGAGCAAAGAAGCUGUGUCCUCAGUGCAACACCAUCACCUCACCUGGAGACCUGAGGCGGGUCUACCUGUGACACAGCCACUCACAGUGGUGAAGGGGCGGGGCUUCUGGUGGUUGAGCCUAUCAGGGGUGGACAUGAGGGCAGCUGGCCUGUCAUAGAAUCCCACCCUCGUCCUCCUCGCACCUUCCUGAUCCCACCUGUCUCUCAGUGUAAUCCUCAAUCCUCUGACCCCUGACAGCUGGACGAACUCACAGCAAGCGUGACCUCCCCACAUGACCUUUGACCUUCCUUAAGAGCCCUAUGCGGUAUUCAUGUUCCUGCUGCGACUUCAGCCAGAUUGGAAGAAGUAUCUAAAACAUACUAAGAGCUCAGGCACUGAUGAAAAAAAAAAAUAUGGAAAAUGCUUUGGGACAAUAUCAAUUUUUGUAAUCCUUUGUCUGUUUUAUGAGGAAGAUAACAAAUAGUUAAAUCACACGCUAAGCACAUGUACAUAGUUUUCUGUAUGUUUGGAAUGUUGUGUGUAUAUGAUGUGGACUAGUUGAACAAUCCGACUGUAUUUACUGUACAGAGUUUUGUCUUUGCUUAGACCAUUUAUUAUUUGUUUAGCUCCAGUAGAUUGGAAACAUAACAGUAUAGUUCCACGAGAAUUCAGGUUCAUUUUGUCUUUGUCAAUGAUGUGUUUUCUUUGUAUAGGAUCAUUAAAUCUAAUUUUAUCAAUGUUACUACAAUAAAAUUUGUGUCUAAA